CUUGAGACCAAUUUUGGUUGUUGUUGGACAUGGGUUCAACUAAAUGUUUUCUUUUUUGGUUAUAAGAUGCAUUAGUUUUGUGGCGCAAAUUGAUGUAUUUCAGCUUUUCAUAAAUUAGAAUUUCAUUAUCACUGCUUGUGUAAAUAUAUAGAGAUAUUCAAUUAAAAAAACUCUGUUUUCUAUUCAUUCAACAGUACGAACUUUUAUUAUUAGAUUAUUAUUAUUUUAUUAAUUUGAAGGACGAUCAACAGUUAUGGAGUCGGAAUUGUCUGCACUGAUUUGGUCAAUGCAAGCAUGCUCAUCGUUAGGUUAUAGGAACGUCAUAUUCGAAGGAGAUAAUCUCAGUAUCCUUAAAUACAUAAAAGGGGAAGCCUACGGUUCCCGUUGUCAACACUUGGUCAACUCAGUCAUUGCAUGGAAGUCUCGAUUUCUCUCAACAUCAUAUGUGCAUGUUCAUCGUCAACAUAAUGGUUGUGCUGACUUGCUAGCAAAAAAAUCUAUUAUUUCUCCGACUGAUUGGAGUUUGUUCCAAUCUUGUCCAGGUUUUUUGUACAACAAUAUUUGUGCUGACAAUAAUUAAUAAAAUAUUUUAGCCGGAAAAAAAAAAGAUUAUUAUUAUUUUAUUAUUGCCAACAGCAAGAAAUUUGAUUUUUUUGAAAAACUAUAAUAAAGUUAUAACCAACUUGCAUAAUGAAUGUCCAUGUUGCAUUAAACUUGUUUAUACAUUAACCAAAGAUAAUUCAGUCUCGAACCUACCGACUAGCAUAGAUCUUCCAAAAAUAGUAUAGCAAGAACAACGUUGCACAAAAUAUAAAGUAAGGCAAAUUAAAAACUGAUCAGAAACAAAAUUUCUUCCAUAUAUAGUCACGUUAACCCUAUUAGGGGCAUCGAUUUUUCUUCUACGUCACGUUAACCCUAUUAGGGGCAUCGAUCUUUCUUCUACGUCGUCUAGCCUUACAUAUCAAAUUAACAAAAGUAUAAUCUAUUUUGUAUUUUACCCCAAAAAGCUGAUGUGUUUGUAGCUCCUGAAGGAUCCAAUGAGUCAUAUAAAAAUGAGAUUUGGUAUCACGUUCACACUUCAUACAUAUCAGAAAGCAAUUUAGUGCAACCCAACUCCGUUAGUCAAAAUACAUAUCAACAUCUCACUUCUCCAUUUAAAUAUACAUUUAUAUAAUACAAUAACUUAUUAUAUAUAUCUGUACAUAUAUUGUAAUGGUAUGUCAAAAGAAUCAGUCCUAGCUUCGUACUUUUUUUUCUCAAAAUCAUGAACCCUAAUCUUCCUCUUAGCCACGCCCCAUCAUCGUCAUCAUCAACAACAACAACACCAUAUGGAUUAACGAAGGACGAGUUUUCAACUCUAGAUCCAAUCAUCAGAACGUACCACACGCUCCCAAGAUCGCCAAACACGUGCACAUCCCUCAUAGCACACCGCGUAGACGCACCAGCACGUACCAUAUGGAGAUUCGUCCGCGACUUCGCGAAUCCAAACAAAUACAAACACUUUAUCAAAAGCUGCACCAUCAGAGGUAACGGUAAAGAGAUUAGCGUCGGGACCAUAAGGGAAGUUAGCGUCGUGUCUGGUCUUCCAGCGUCAACAAGCGUUGAGUUACUAGAAGCUCUAGAUGAAGAGAAACGAAUCUUGAGUUUUCGUGUUCUUGGAGGAGAACACCGGUUAAGAAAUUACCGGUCGGUUACGUCGGUUAAUGAGUUUGUUGUCUUGGAAAAGGAUAAGGUCAAGAGAGAGUACAGUGUGGUGUUGGAGUCUUACAUUGUUGAUAUACCAAAAGGUAAUACAGAGGAAGAUACGAGGAUGUUUGUGGAUACUGUCGUUAAAUCCAAUUUACAGAAUCUCGCCGUCGUUUCCAUGGCUUCUCCGACUUGAAACUUUUUUUGUGUUGAAAAUGUCGCGUGUAUAUAUAUUGAUAGUUGGCCAUAAAUGGGUCGGUUUGUUAAAUGUGUGUGUGUGGAAUGUGAGGUGAGGUGAGGUGAGGUGUGUAUACGUAUUUUAUGGACUGUAAUGGGUUGGAGCAUAUUUAAUGCUAAAACCCUUUAAGGGUCUCCUGGGCCAUAGCGAAGACAAAAUUAAGUGGGCCAAAGAAAAGAGAAACAGAAAGAGAGAAAAAUAGAAACAAAAGAUGAAAAGCAACAGAAGCAAUAACUCUUCUAGUGCUUAAUUAAGGUGAACCACUAUUUAUUAAGACGAGUUAUUUUGGGAUGCUUGGUAUUUGACUGUGAAAGGGCUAUUGGAUAUGGUGUAUAUAUAUAUAGUUGUUCUUACUGUGUAGUUUAUCCAUAUGACGUAUCAACAAUGGUAAGUUAUUCAUCUUUUGGUAUGAUUAUUGGCUUCAUGUGGUCCAUCUUAUCGGUAUCACAUGUGAUAUGGAGUCUGAGAAUAGAGACUUGCAAGAGUUUCAAAAGCUGUUAGAAACUCGGAAAGAAGCUGUAAGGACAAAGAGAUUGCCAAAUAGUACAUAUCCUCUCUGGUAUGUAAUAUUUCGGUGCCAAUCUUUGAACGUGGUGCUGAUGGUGUUUUGUGUGUACCCCAAUAUUUGAAUGAGUAUAGGCAUUAGGCACUGAGUAUUCUCUACUUCCAUGAUUUGGGAUCAGAUUUAUACUCAACAUGAGUAGAUGAAGUGGAGUGGUGGUAUGGUUCGUGUAGGGUGUCCCUUGCUGUGCUUUCAUAACAUGUGUUGGCAAUAAUGAUUCUUUUUUGACGGAUGUGUUAUGAACCAGAUUGUGGAUGGCUCAUAACCAAGAAAUUAUGAUUUGUAAUCUUUCCAUUUAUCUAUGACGGUGUAAUUUCCUUUAUAAGGAACUUUUAUGCUAUGAAUAAAGAUAGACUUUUCCAUUACUUUUAUAACAGGAUGCAUAUAUUCAUGUCCGAUUUUGGACAUAGAGAAAUGAAACAUUUGUCUUGGUCUUAUAAUUUAAUUGGCUAUGCAUAAAUCUUUCGGUGUUUAAAAUAAUUAAAUAUAUAUUUACUGGUUAUUUAUCACUCAAUCCUAAAAUUCCAUGAAUCAUAGAACUGGUAUGCAUGUACGCUGACCCGGUCCUCAAAAUUUGUAGGUUAGGAACAACAAAAAUCUCUAGUUUGGUGUUCUUAGGGAAGAGUAUUGAAGCCCAUAGUGAAGCUCAACUUAUGAUCCAUUAAGAAGCUUUUGUAACUAUGUAACUAGGGUUUUAUAAACCACUAUAUAUGUCGUUAGAAUACUUGCUAGUAUGCAACCUUGGCUGCCUUUCAAGCAGCCUCUCAUUUAUCUUUAUGAAUUAAUCCUAAACCUUCUUAUCUUGGUGACAAUCUAAGCUUUCCUCUCUUUAGUUUGUUGCAUUCAAUAAAGCUCUCAUUGUUAUAAAUCAAUUGAUGGAUGUCCAUAACCGGUCCGGUCCAUAAACCGUCCAUCCGCAGGAGAGAGAGAGAGGAGAGAGAGUCGGCCUAUUGAGGAGAGAGAGAGAGGCGGCCACAUACAUGUGUUUCAUUUUCCUUGUAUGAUUAGGAUUUCAUUUCUUUGUAAUCUUUCCAUAUUAUGUAUUAGUAGUCGUUCUUAAUCCUAGUUGGUUUAGGUUUUGGAUACUUUCAUUUUUACUUAUCUUGUAAUCCCCUAUAUAAAGGGAACACUUGUUCAUUAAUGAAAUACAGAAACAUUCAGUCUCCAAACCGUUUGUUUAACAACACAUUAUCAGCACGAGUCUCUAAACUCCCUGAGCAAAUCGAAAACCCCUUAAACCCAAAACCUAGCCGGCGACCUUGAACCCUAACCCGACGAACCCUAAUCUGUUCUUGCAAGCGUUCCAGCUCGUGUUCAUCCAAUCAGCCCCAACCCUAAGGCGUUUCUGAUACUAGACGAACACAGCCUCAACUCCAUCCAUUCUCAGCUUGCAUACCGGACAGCUACAACUCGCGUUCCCCGAUCAGCUAGCUCGCGACCCGACAGCGAUCAGCUCGCGCGACUUCAACUCCAGCUCGUUCCAGCUCGCGUCCGUUCGAGGUUCUUUUGGUGGUCCGGUUUCUACAAUCUGUAAACAAAAGGUAACCAUAAUUCUAAGAACAUGAGAAUUGAAUUUGGAUUGUUUGUAAAGAUUGAAACCCUAAAAACUAAUCUCUAAGAUAAAACCCUAGGAUAAUAGAUCAAAUCCUAAAAGAGUAAAUCGGAUCUCGAAUAAGUCCGAUCCCCUAAACCCUAAAUCGAGAUUGAUCCAUUGAUCAAUUAAAAUCAUAACCUUAAAAGGUUUUGAAUCUCAAAUAAAAUCUCUUUGAUCAAAGAUCAAAGUUUCGAAAUCCCUAAAACCCUAAAUUGGAAAAUCGGUUUUUUAAUUUUGAUUUGAAACUUAAUUGUUUGUUUGAUCACCUAGAAAAUAUUGAUUAGGAUUGUUUAAACUUGAAUCUGAAUUGCUUGACUUGGUUAAAACCCUAAUGAUCUAGUUUUUCUCACUUUAAAAUCGAAUUAGAUUGUGGCCGUAUGGCCUUAAUACAUUCUAGGUUAAUUGUUCUAGAUCAUCAUCCGUGGCCGUGUGGCCUUGUUGCAUUCAUAUCUGAACCUGAUCACUACUGAUUGAUUGUAAUUGAACUUAGGUCUAAUUCUAGAGAUGAUAUUGAAUUGAACUAAAUAGCCAUGUGGCUUGUUCUAUUACUUGGCCGAUUGGUUUGUCUGUUUGUUUUGAUUGAAUCAUGAAAUGAUAGAAACCAACCGUCUUAGGAUUGCAAUUACAUGUAAAACUAUAUGCAUUAACCCUAAAUUGAAUCUUGGCCUUGUGGCUUCUACUUGGUCGUGUGGCUUCUCCUUCUUGGUCGUGUGGCUUCUACUUAGCCGUGUGGCUUCUUCUUGGCCGAAAGGCAUAUACUUUGGCCAUUAGGCUUUACUUGAAUGUUUUAAAACUAAAAACCUUAUUUCUAAAAGACCUAUAUUAUCUAUGAUUUCAGAUGUCGAAAAUCAAUAACUUGGAUUUUGCUGCCCUAAAUGUCUCUGUACACAAUUACCUUCAGUGGGCACUUGAUACC